AUGUCUUGCUUUAUAAAAUUAACGCAAAGGACCAAAAGAACACUCUCUAUUGGUAUUGUUAUUAUAAUAAGAAGCAGAUUUUCAAAUUCAAGGGUAUUUACCAAAAGUAUAACUGGCUAAAUCAAGAGCAUACACAUACAACAACAAAAACCAAAUAACAAAUAACUCUAAAACUAUUUCCUCCAAAAUCAAUUCAAUAUCACCAAAGGUUAUCUCGAGACCUGUCAUGAACGAUCUACAUUUCCUUAAAUUGUAAAACUGUAAGAGAGCAUCUCCAUUGAAGGAAUUAAAAAUGACAGAAAAAAGUACAAAUAAGAAAACCUUACAUAAACAACCUUCUUUUGAUUUCACUCUCUCUGGAUUUUAAACAAUGGAUGAAGAGAGGGAAGAUUGUUUCCUUUAAUCAUAUGUUAGAAAAUAAUGA